GUUGACUAUAUGGCAUACUAAAGGCAGGAAGGCAAAGUAAGGUGGGUAAUGGUUUCCCAGCGGAUGAUGGAUGGAUAAUCAUUAUUAGGGUUAGUGGGAAUGAAUGUGGGUAGGAGGUGGGAGAAACCCUUAAACAAAGGAGAAGCUCUGUCUGAUAGAAGCUGCAAUCACUCGGCAGAGAUAUUUAAAUGAGGCCUCCUUAAAAUCGUUACUUUCCAUCCCACCCCCUAUUCCCCUUUAAAUUUUGUUUCAGUCAUUACCCAGGGACCGGAUACAGAGAUUCCUAUGGGGAGUUCUAAUGGGUCGAUUCAAUUUCAGCUGGAUGACGCCACUUAGCUAAGCAUUAAGAGCUACGGCUCCGGGAAAGCCAACGACACAGAGAGAGGGAGAGAAAGAAAUUAUAGCAAGGAGCAAUAAAUCCCUUUCCUCCCAUCCUCCCCUAUAAUCCAUUCACAAGACCUUCAGAAAUCACCUACAUUCACAAAACAGCCGGCUAGCUGAGCUGAACACACUGCGGUCUCACUCCCCUCCCCCCGUCUCUGCAGAUGAUAUACCAGCACACCCUGAGCUGUAUAAAUAAUCACACACUAGCGGUAUCUAUUGCUCUGUCGAGAUACCCUGUGUCUACAACUGCAGUUUCUGCUGCUUCGGUUCAUCCGUCAGAUUGGAGGAGACAGAGGCGGAGGCGGAGGCGGAGGCAAAAGAGAAAGAGGGGGAGGAGACCGACACAGAACUAUCUGUUUCUGGCUCCACUGCCAGUGAAGGAGUUUUCAUUCAGACUUUCCGAAGAGAGGUGGAGAAACCUAAAGACUCAGGAGAAGAAGAGGUCUUUUGAGCCAAAUGGGGCUUUAGUUCUUCUGCUUUCCUCAGCAUGGAUAAACCCUUUCCUCAAGGGUUUUCUGAUGUGCCCUAAGGUCCAUGUAACUAGAAGGGCUAUUUAUCACCACAAGUGCCACCCUGACCCCAAACCACUCAGAAGUCAAGAAUCAAAGGAAAAUGGAUGCCGCCGUGACGGACGACUUCCAACAGAUCCUCCCGAUUGAGCAGCUGCGCUCUACUCAUGCUAGCAAUGAUUACGUGGAGCGGCCCCCGGCCCCCCGUAAGCAGGCCCUCUCCAGCCCCUCCCUUGCAGUGCACACUCACAAGUCCGACUGGUCCCUGGCCACCAUGCCUCCUGCUCUUCCCCGCAGUCUCAGCCAGUGCCACCAACUGCAGCCCUUGCCUCAGCAUCUGAGCCAAUCCAGCAUCGCCAGCUCUAUGUCCCAGAGCACCACUGCCUCCGACCAAAGGCUCUUGGCCAGCAUCACGCCCUCACCUUCAGGCCAGUCCAUCAUCCGAACCCAGCCCGGAGCAGGGGCCCACCCAAAGGUCGACGGUGCUCUGAAGGGAGAAGCUGAGCACUCCGCAGGGCACUCCGGGGAGCACCUCUUCAUUUGCGAGGAGUGUGGGCGCUGCAAAUGUGUCCUCUGCACAGCGGCUCGUCCUCUCCCCUCCUGCUGGCUGUGCAACCAACGUUGCCUUUGCUCUGCUGAGAGCCUCCUCGACUACGGCACUUGUCUCUGCUGCGUUAAGGGCCUCUUCUACCACUGCUCCACCGACGACGAAGACAACUGCGCCGACGAGCCCUGCUCCUGCGGGCCCAGCUCGUGCUUCGUCCGCUGGGCAGCCAUGAGCCUCAUCUCCCUCUUCCUCCCUUGCCUGUGCUGCUACCUGCCUACCCGUGGAUGCCUCCGUCUGUGCCAGCAGGGCUACGACAGCCUCCGGCGACCAGGCUGCCGCUGUAAGAGGCACACCAACACUGUGUGCAGAAAAAUCUCUUCUGGUAGUGCACCAUUCCCCAAGGCCCAGGAGAAGUCCGUAUGACCUUCCCACAACACGGAGCCAGAGCUUUCUCCUUCUUGCGCCCGUUAGGAAAGUGCAGGCCUCAUCUCUGGAGAGGGGAAGAAGGAGUAAAGCAGCCAAAGUUAGGGCCUCACCAGUUUUGCUCCUGCAGUGUCAGGGAAUGGCCGAGUACAUCCUGGCGCAGGAUGCCUUGUUCUUUCUCACAGUAUCUAUCCCACUUCUCUUCAAACUUCUUACACCUGGCCAUUUUAGCCAUGGGGCUGUCCUGGCAAAUUCAGGUGAUACAUAGGCAAGAGAUUCGGACACGGAGGACUGACAGAGCCAGCAACGUGGAGGGUUAGGGGCUCCCCAACAUAAUGCCUCUUGAUGCAGGCUCUGAGCAUCCCUCCACUGUCCACAGUGCCUUUGGAAACUCUCUUCUAAGACGGUUUUCAGGGGUGCAUGUGGAACAGUGUUCGAUAUUCCAGGGAAUCCGACCCCUUCCCCCGUUACUGCCCUUCUGUUCUCUUGUUCUUCCUUCCUUCCCCUUCAUUCCAGCUUGAUUAUUACUUUUCAUUCCAUUUCUUUCUCCCUCCCUUCCUUCUACUGCUUUCCUCUCUCUCUUCCAGACUGACCCAUUCUCUACUUGUAUCUCCAUCUUGUUUGAUCUUUGUCUCUCUCUACCUGUCCUUUCUCAACUACGUCCAAAAGUGCUGUUUUUCCAUAGGUGUUUCCUUUGACGCCAAACUUUGCUAUGCUAUACUAUUUACUAAAUUUUAUUAAGGGAAAUGGAUUACUGUAAUGAACUGAUCACUAGCAAUAGUCUAUAUCCUGACAUGUGUGUGUGUGUGCUCAUAACCACACUCACCUGUUUGUGAACACACGAGGCAAAAAUUAAUCUUACAUUUCCAGGUUUAACGAGCUGGAGUUUUACUCCCUUUCCCAAUAAUCAACUUAUAGUACUGACAGAUUCAACUAGCAUGCAGAGUAGGAUAGUAAAUCAGGAUGCUCAUAACUUUGUAUGUCUGACCCAAGUGCCAAAGGCAGACGUGCUUUAUAGCUAAAUGAACAAAGCAAGGGAUAUUACAGAGGUCUGUUCUCUUUUAGAAGCUAACUGCCCUGAGACUGCAUGGCUCAGGCCUUAAUUAUGGACAUAAAAAGUCAUAAAACUUUAGAGCUGGAAGGAAUUUUAACUGUUAAUCUAGUUCAAUGCCCUUAUUUUGCAGAUGGGAAAACUGAGGCCUGGAGAUAGGAAGGCCACACACUGAGAUCAUAGCAGGGUUGAGACUGGAAAAAAAGUCUUCUGACUUCUAGUUCAAUAUUCUGUACUCUACAUCACAUUAGGUCAUGGGACUUUUCUCUUAGGAUUCUAUUAACAGUGACAGAAAGCCAUUGUCAUUAAAUUUUUCUGGAACCACGCCAAGUUAGUGUGGUGGUCUUUAUGCAGUGCAUAGUGGGUAGCUAAUUAACUAUCAGGUGUUGAGGCUGCCCGCAGUGGACAUCUCCUUUGACUUUGUCACCUGUAGAAGCUCCAGUGUGCAAAACAAAACAA